CUGUUUGUAGGGGACGUCGUCAGGUCUGGUGGAUUGAUUUCUGGGGCUCGCUGGGGGAGAUACAGGCCUUAGGAGAACAGCAGGCGCAACGAACUGUCCAGCCAUACGGAAUAUUCGCGUGAAAACUCCUAACAUGAAUCACUCGACGACCCACUACAUCACCCCAGUUGUCCUUGACCUUCAUUAACCUCACACCAACCUGUGAAAGUUCCGGUGAUAUUUUUUAUGCCGCAGCCAUGAAAAGUUAUCACGUCAUGACGCGGGGUAGUAAAACGACGUCAUUCUGUGACGUACAAGCGUGGUGACUGAUUCAAUUCGAGAGCCCAUAACGAGGCUGAGUUCCCUCGGAUAGACCAACCCAAGGCAUCGACACUGUGACGCGAGCAGGGGCUCAAUGGGCUGUGAACUGGCCAAACAUUCCGUGGUAGUUAUCGCCCCUGAGGAGAUAGAGGACGACGAUGGCGGGAGGUUCACGGAGACGCAGAUUGACACCAUCCGCAGCACGUGGCCGCUGCUAGCAGGCGACUACAUCCGGGUCGGCAUCGAGGUCUUCACCAGGAUUUUCAACGAGAUGCCGUCUGUUCGGGUGCUGUUCCAUUCUUUCGGAUUUACCGACGCCGACAACUUGGAGAGCCACCCACUGUUUCGUGAGCACGCCCAAAAAUUUAUGCACGUACUGGAGAGUCUGGUGGAGAACUUAGAGACACCGGAAGUCAUCCAGCCCCACCUGGUGGCCCUCGGCGCGCGCCACGCGGCCAUCGACGGGUACGACCCGGAGUACUUCCGGUUCUACAGCAAGUGUCUCCUGGAGGUGUGGGAGAUGGAGCUGGGGGAGGAGUUCAUCAUCGAGGUCAAGGAGUGCUGGCGCCAGCUGAUUGGCUACAUCGUCCGGUGCAUGGUGCACGGCUACCACAUCUGCCGCACCGACCAGCUGGAGAGCUUCGUCAAGGAGACGCAGAAGGAGAAGAUCGAACCCACGUGACCUUCUUCUAGCUCGUGCAGCGCGUCUUGUACACAAGACGCAUGCGCUAACAUUAACUACUGAAACGGCUUUAAAACUUCAAAAACAUUUCAAUUUUGUUAAAUUUCCUGGUAAAUAGGACUGGUAAGUAGGUCACUAACCAGUUAUACGGCUCAAUAAAACCUGCAUGAGCCAUAGAACUGGUUUAUGACCUACUUACCAGCCCUAUUGUGAGCUAAAAGACGUUG